AUUCUCAAUCUCCAAAGCUAGAUUCGAAGGUAUACUAUCCAAAGACCUCCCUACCUGCACAAGCACCAUAAUCGCCUCCCCCUUUUUCUUAUUGUCGGCUUCCCCUCCUUCAUCACCACCACUAUAUUUUCCACCAUUUCCACCACUGCUACCGCCUCUGUCAGAAAAGAACACGAUCAUGGGAUUCUCCCUCUACUUCACCUAUCAUUUUAGCGAGGAGCCGGAGAUUGAGGUUUUGGAAGCAUCAAUGCGGCCAAGAGAGGAAGGAGAAGCAGAUGAUGAAUGGUGGUGAUUGGACUUGGCGAAGCCAAUAAGCGUGUCGACAGAUUGAAAGUAGUAGCGAUCGCCAUUGACUCGUCCAUUCUCUCAGACCAAGCCUCAGAGAGAGGAUUUAAAUCUUGUGCAUCACUCAUUCUCUGACUCGUUCAUUCUCCCUUGGUUGUGAGGGAGAGAUCAUCGGCAGUGUCGCAGUGAUAUAUGGUGAAAACGAUUCCAUUUGGUUUGAUAAUCAGAUGUAUCGCAUGUUCAUUGCAUUCUCUACGUGCUCAACAAUUUAAGCCAUUUGAUUAAAAAAAUUACACGUGUCAAGUUUCACUGUUGUGCUAUAGAUCAUGUAGCAUAACCCUGUGCUACAGACAAGCCCGAUUCCUCACUGCAGAAAAUAUUCACUUCUUAAUUAGUCCUGAAUCCCUGAGAAGGAUGAAAAUAUCGUGCAGCAGUGGGUUAUACUGUUUUAGUAUAACGGUCCUAAAAAAAUUCCUUCAUAUUUUCGGUUGACUCAUACAUGGGAAAUUGGAAUAAGGAAAAAUUUAACUUAUCCUUUAAUUUGAAACGGUCGUGUUCUAGGGCUUUUUACGCAGUUGUUCCUUCCUAGUGCAAUUACGGCGGGAAGGGUAGAGGUUCCCGGCCAUUGUCUUAGCGGAACCAGUGAUUAAUUACAAGGUUUCAAGGGUUUUGCGAAUUGUGAUUGGUUCAAAUUGAGAUGGGCUAGGUGGCUUUGUUUAUUCUGGUUUGAACAGGGAAGAGCGGCUGUUGGUUGUUUUGUAUUGGUGAUUCUGGACUCUGGAGUUGUACUUUUGAAAUAGAGCUCUUAUAUUUACCAGAGAUUUGAUUGAGAGAAGUUUUCAAUAUGAGUCCAGAAAACAGCAGCAGUCCUCCAAGAGCAAGGCGAUUCCGCAGUACUGAGCGCUCAUCUUAUCGGGAUGCUCCAUAUCGAAGGGAUCGCCAUAGCUACAGGCACGAUUAUCUGUGCAAGAACUGCAAACGACCUGGACAUUAUGCCAGAGACUGUCCAAAUGUAGCUGUUUGUAACAACUGUGGACUUCCUGGUCACAUUGCCGCAGAGUGUACUGCAAAAACUAUAUGCUGGAACUGCAAGGAACCAGGGCAUCUUGCAAGUGAAUGCAACAAUGAGCCUAUUUGCCAUGUUUGUGGGAAAGUGGGACACCUAGCCCGUGGAUGCUCAGGUUCAGGCCUACCACCAUAUGACCUAAGGCUUUGCAACAACUGUUACAAGCCCGGCCACAUCGCUGUUGACUGCACCAAUGAGAAGGCAUGCAACAACUGUCGCAAGACUGGUCAUCUGGCCCGGGAGUGCCCAAAUGAGCCUGUCUGCAAUGUUUGCAAUGUGUCUGGUCAUUUAGCCCGUCAAUGCCCCAAGUCAGGUCUUGCAUCAGAGAUAGUCAGUGACCCCUUCCGUGACAUCAUCUGUCGCAACUGUGGCCAGCCAGGACACAUUAGCCGUGACUGUGUAGCGAUAGUCAUCUGCAACAACUGUGGUGGUAGGGGCCAUCAUGCAUUUGAAUGCCCUUCGGUACGGAUGCUUGACCAUGGAUUCCGGAGGUACUGACAUGGGAUUGAAGCGCAUCUGGUUAGUGGAAUUGUUUACAGAUGGUUUUUUUAAUCUUAUUAUUCUCAUUCUAAGUAGAUAGAUUUUGAAGGAGAGGGUUGUCUUAAUUUUUCUUUUUUCAUUCUCUUCUACCAUCGUUUCUUAACUCGGUUUUUUUCUAAUAUUUUAUAGUCCCAUGGGUAUUAAGUUCCACUCUGGAGUCUCGAUGUUCUACUGUUAGUGGUAACAGGCUUUAAAUUUGUUACUUUUUAUUUUGAACCAUUUUUUUACAUUUAUUAACAUGAAUUUUCGUGAUGCACAA